GCAGCGCAGCGUGGGGCGCAGCGGGAGCCAUGGGGAACCGCGUCACCCGUGAGGACUUCGAGUGGGUCUACACGGAGCAGCCCCAUACGCAGCGCAGGAAGGAGAUCCUGGCAAAGUAUCCGGAGAUCAAGACUCUGAUGGGACCUGAUCCACAUUUAAAGUGGAUUGUAUCUGGAAUGGUUUUCAUGCAGCUUCUGGCAUGCUACCUGGUGAAAGAUUUAUCUUGGAAAUGGAUUUUCUUCUGGGCUUAUGGUUUUGGAGGUUGCAUCAAUCAUUCGCUGACCUUAGCCAUCCAUGAUAUUUCACACAACGUCGCCUUUGGGAACAAGCAGGCCAAGUGGAACCGGUGGUUCGCAAUCUUUGCCAACUUGCCGAUUGGCAUCCCUUACUCUGCCUCCUUCAAGAAAUACCACAUUGACCAUCACCGGUACCUGGGAGGGGACAGCUUGGAUGUGGACAUUCCCACGGACUUUGAAGGCUGGUUUUUCUGUACACCCCUUCGGAAACUGCUUUGGCUUAUCCUCCAACCUCUGUUCUACAGUCUGAGGCCACUGUAUGUGAACCCCAAAGCGAUUACACAGAUGGAAAUUUUCAAUGCUCUUGUACAGUUUUCUGUAAACCUUAUCAUUUACAACCUUUGGGGACUCAAACCUGUUAUUUAUUUAAUAGCAGGUACGCUUCUUUGCUUGGGUUUACAUCCCAUUUCUGGGCACUUCAUAGCAGAACACUACAUGUUCUUAAAAGGGUAUGAGACAUACUCUUAUUAUGGACCUCUGAACUGGCUCACCUUUAAUGUAGGAUACCACAUGGAGCAUCAUGACUUCCCCAGCAUUCCUGGAUGCAGAUUGCCCAUGUUGUCCUGCCCAGAGCACAGGGACCUUGCCAGUGGUGCAAGUGGUGCCUGCCUUCCUGCACAAGGUGCUGCUGGGCACGAAGCCAAGCAGAGCCAAGAAACACUUCAUGUGAAGAAGAUUGCAGCGGAGUAUUAUGAUAACCUCCCACAUCACCAGUCCUGGAUUCGAGUUCUGUGGGACUUUGUUUUUGAUGACUCUAUUGGUCCUUACUCAAGGGUUAAGAGACUGUGCAAGCUGGCAAAGGAAAGCUAACGGGCUGGUCUGCCUGUGGCAGUGGGGUGUGUUUUUCCACACUUGACUUCAGUUUUCACAUGACUUCAGUUUUCUGCGGAAAUAGGAGGAUCUCUGUGUGUGCUGAAUUAAUGUUGGUGCAUGCUGCUUAGACCAAGAGGAUGAGUGUGAUAAUUAAGCAAUUGAAUGCACUAUUUUAGACUAGUCAUACUUUUUAAUAAAGGAUGUUUGUAUAUGUAACCCUCAGAAACUAGGUUAGAGUGAAUUAUGAUUAGGUGAACCUCUGGUCUAGGCUUUGAAUUAACUUCCUGGGGCACACAUGCCCAAGCCUGAGUUUUGGCCUGGUCUGCAGUGGAGAAUGUUUGCUGUGUGUUACAUGUGACCAUGUGUGUGUAUAGUUGAGGACUAGUUUCUCUUGAUGCCAGAUUAGAAGUGGAUGCUCUGCGUGCACAGGACUGUGGAAGCAGGGAGGACUGGCAUGCAGUAGUAAAUGACACUCUCUGGAGAACAAUAGGGUGCCUUUUGCUCAAUGUCUUGUCUAAUCUAAUAAUCUUCUGAUAAUUGCUAGUAACAGAGAUUUUGUAUAUGCAAUGAAAUAUGUUUAUAUUUUUGUAUAUUUGUAUCAUAAUUUUAGUAGCAGCUGUUUGAUCUUUAUUCCAGGGAUUUGUCUAAACCUUUUCUGAAUGCAUUUCCAUGAGGAUCUAAUACUCACUCUAGCAAACUGACAGAUCUGAACUGUGGCAGGGAGAAAUCCUUCCUUUAGUCUUCCACCCGCUGCCCUGAGCAGCAGCAUGGAUGUGCCUCUGGAGGAACUGCCUGGUCCUUUCUCAUUCACCUUUUCAACUGUAUCCAUAACUUCAUGUUUCUCAUGCAUUUCCCCACUGUAAGUCCUUCUGGGAAUGGAGAGUUUCUAGUUUUAAUUGUUUCUUGUCAAGACUGUUAGCACUCCAGAUCACCCUUCUUGAUCUCCUCUGUAUUAUACCCCUCUCUGUGCAUAGGAUUUAGGAAGGUCUGUCAGUGAAGAUGUAGAGAUGCUAUGGUGGUAUUUGUUCCUAAGUGCUUUCAUAAUAAUGGUAAUUUUUUUCCUCUGUCAUUCAAGGGGCACUGACUUGGCAUUUGGGAAGCAUAUGAUACUCCAGCUAUAUAAAAUUGCCACUGAUGGUGUUAGGAGGAUGGAAUGCAGAGAUGGGGCUGUUUAUCUCCCUACAUCUCUUACUUGGUGCUACUGACCUUCAUCUGUCAUUUCUGCCCACUGGAGACACAAAUCUUCUUGCCUGUCCUCUCCAACAAUAAACUUGUGGCUAUCCUCAAUAAUUCCCUGUCAUCAAAAACCUUAAUCAACAUACAUUUCUCCAAGCAUAACAAUAUCUUGGGAGUCAGGAAUUCAGAUGUUCAGAUGCCAUCUAGUAUCUUCCCAUCACCCUGGAAAGCUGGCAAAGUAUUUCUUUCCUUACUAAGUGGUUAAAAGAGAGAUCUGUAUAGGUGCUCUUGCCUUCUAGCCCUCUAACAGUUGGUUUUUUUUCUUCUGGAAAUCCAUGGCUGUAACAAAGAAAAGGAUUAUUGUGCAGUCUCAUCAGUCUCUCAAAUUAGACCUGGAAAGCCUGAUUUCCUCAAUAAACACAAUUUUGUUCCCUGCUCCAGAAGCACUGUAUCCAGUGAGCCAGUGUCCAUUCACUAGCCUGGCACACAGCCAAGCUAGCCUGCUGCAAUUUCAGUUCCUCCUCCUCCAUUUCCCCUUCCUCCAUUUUUCUCACCCAUCUGAUUUUGGCAAAUGGGUAAAUAAAUAUCCAGAUAUGCUCAGCAGAGCAAGAUCCUUUGUAAUACAGGGCUGAGUACCAGUUUAUUCACAGAUAUGGCUUUGUGCUUUUGGAUAAGAAGAACUGGGCUUCCUCAGUGAAGAACAUAGUUAAGUCAUUAUGUCUUAAUUAUUAAAGUUGCUUUUCUCCCAAAGGAAGAGGUGUUUAUGUGGGAACUUCCAUUACCUUAUUUGUAUCAGUGCUUAUGUCAGGGAACCUUAGUUUUUUAUUAAUUUACUUCAGUGCUGCUGGCACUCUGAUCAGGUAUUCAACUUCCCAUGUCCUUAGCAGCCGUUCCUCAACUCUCUUGUCCAACUUAGCAAGUUAAUAUAAAAACCACAAUAAAGAUUAUGCUAUC